AUGAAGGUUCCUCCAGGGCCGAAGUACCUACUCAGUCUAAUACCCUUCUUUGCCAAACCAUCUGUGAUCGUCUACUUUUCACUAAGUCUAUUGCGGCAGCAUGUAAAGUUGUCUAUCCCACAAUGGAUGAUCAUCAUGCUGUCCAUAUUUGCACGACCGUGCCUAUUUGUGCUUGAAAACUAUGUUUCAGAGUGGCUCAAUGAACGCGCUGCUGCCCAACAUGGUGCCAAAUUGGCGACACGCUGCCCAGAAUCAUCUCUUUCUCUGGUCACUGAGUUCACGGAAUCAAUUUUGACUGGCUAUCCAGGUGAUGCCAUGCUUCGUUGGUUUAGUUUAUAUGGGCAUACAAUUCGAUUCACUUUUCUUAACAAUACGAUAAUGUCCACAGAUGAACCUGGUCAUGUCAAGGCCAUUCUUUCUAGUCAAUUCGAAUCGUUCGAGAAAGGACCUAUGCUAUAUUCGCAGCUCGAAUCAUUCUUUGGCACAGGGGUGUUUAAUGCUGAUGGUGAAAUGUGGAAGUCCGUAUCUUUGCAACUCUUCUUGAACGAAACCAUGUUCACGCCUAUUAUCAGAUUCCAUCGUGCUAUGACAAGACCAUUCUUUACAAAGGACAGGAUCAGUCAUUUUGAUCUAUUUGCGAGGACUUGUGACAUGUCCCUAGCCACAGCAAAGAAUAGGCUUUCAGAAGGAUACUCAAUUGACAUUCAGGAUCUUGUCUCGCGAUUUACCCUUGAUUCAAGCACUGAGUUUCUAUUUGGAGGCUCCGUAGGAUCCAUCCUUGGUGGUCUGCCGUAUCCACCAUCUUCCUCGAGGGAAAAUCCUCCCGAAUUUUACAAUCACCCUUCAACUACAUUUGUCGAUGCUUUUACUAAAGGUAUGGGUUAUACUGCACUACGACUGAUUAGAGGCAACCAAUGGCCUCUCAGCGAGUUUUGGAAGGACGUUGUGGCGCCGUUGCGAGAAAUUAUGGACCAAUUCACAGAACCGCUAAUGCAAGCUGCAUUAAACAAACGGGGACGUGAGGAAAUGAUUGGUACAUCAGAAAUCAAGGAAACCAUGGAUGACGAAACUCUUAUCGGAUACCUUGUGAAGAAUACACAAGACGAGAGAUUAAUCAAAGACGAACUCAUCAACCUUCUUGUGGCUGGGCGGGAUACUACCAUGUGCCUGUUAACAUUCUCUGUAUACAUGCUUUCCAGAUACCCAGAUAUAGAGAGGCGUCUGCGCGAGGAGAUAUACACCCACGUUGGACCAAAUGGUAAUCCGACUUACGACCAAAUUCGUGAUUUAAGAUAUAUGAGAGCAUUCCUGAACGAGGUCCUCAGGUUCUAUCCUCCUGUGACAAACGUGAAACCGGUCGUGCUGCCCCCUACUACACCUGAUGAAAAGCCGAUUUAUGUGCCAGCGAACACCUCUUGCAUGUACACAGUCAUAAACCUCCAUCGGCGGACAGACCUAUGGGGACCUGAUGCACUUGAAUUCGACCCCGAUAGGUUCCUGGACGAGAGACUGCAGAAGUAUUUCUUACCAAACCCGUUCAUCUUUUGCCCCUUCAACGCAGGGCCCAGAAUAUGCCUCGGUCAACAACUGGCGUAUAACGAGGCGUCGUUUUACCUAGUCCGGCUCUUGCAACAGUUUACCGGAUUUACUCUUGACAAAUCGGCCAACAUCCCCCCACCGGAUCACUGGGCUUCUGCUGAUAGAUGGAAAUCAAGAGAGCAAAUUCACCCAAUGUCUCACCUGACGAUGUAUGUCAAGGGCGGCCUGUGGGUCCAUAUGAAGGAGCUUUGA